AUGUUCGUCGAAGUGCAGGAGACCGUCCGUUUUCUCUCCUCUUUCAUGUUCGGACGCAUUCCGCGCAGGUACCCCUCUUGCAAAUCCAUACCAUCUUUUUUUUCGCGAUUUCAGCCGCGUCAAGUCGUUCUGCGCCCAUUUGUCGAGCCUUUUGAGCGAGGCGAUCGACGAGAAACGCGUCGCCGACCGUUUCGAUCUCAUCGUUUUCGCCGACGGAAGAUCCGAUGAUACCAUUGUUCAGGUGCAUCUAUUUUUUGUCGUUGUUGGGGAUUUUCAUAAAUUGACAAUAAUGCGGAUAUGAUUUCAGGCGGCUCGUCGCGCGUACGUGCACCUGACGGAGCUGCAAGAGUGCAUGAACAACGGGCUCAUCAUGGAGAUCACGGACGGCCGCGUGCGCGCAUUGACUCCCUUCUCCGCGCAAAUCAUCUUUCCCAAGUUUGGAAAUGCGAUCGGAGUGUGA